AUGUUUGAGAAUAUCAGAUCAUUUGUGAGCCGAAAACGUCCCGCACGGGAUGCUCUGGUUGUCUUAGAUCUUUCUCAGAAAGAAAACCAUUUCGUUCCACCGCAGAAGAAGGAAAGACCAGUUCAGAAAGUCUGCUUGAAAUGUUUAGCUGGGGAAGGAGGGCAUAUCACCCACAUCCUGAGUGAAGUCCCAAAGGUGAGUUAG